AUGGCCAGCUCAACAGCAUUCAACUCGAUGAAAUGGUCUCUUUACCCAAGCGACUCAUUUGAGCACUUCACCUACGAGGUGCCCUGGUGGGCGCGAACUGUAUUGCUCUUCGACUUUGUCAUAUUCCUGCCCAUCCUUCUUGUUUUGCGAUAUACUUUGCCUCACGUCUAUCCGGUAUUUGCCAUUAUAGAGGACAAGGGCCUAGAAAAGGGCCCUAUUGGAGACGAUUCUCCCGAGCUCAACGCUGUUGACAACGACUCAUUACUCGCAUCUCCUUCUGCCGGCAAUCAUGGGCAAACAGACACUUCGUCUCCAUCCGCCAUCUAUCGACUCCUGGUGAAAGACGGCGGCAUCUUGGCCAACUGUCGUGGCCUCGCAUGCGCUCUAUUGCAGACGAUUCCUACGACGCUUUACAUCGCUUAUCACGCCCGAUUUUUGAGAAAUGAAUUUCACAUGGUCGCUAGAUUGCUCUUUUCCCUUUUGCUGGUCCAGUUCUCUACAAUGUGGCUGCACCUCGUCAUCGCUCAAAAGACCGACCGGCCGUUCGAGAGCCGCAUACCCCCCUUUAAGCGUACCUUUCGGGCAACCUGGCUGCCAACGAUGCUUCACUGGGCUGCAGUAGAGUUUACCGGGCUGUUUCCUUCCAUGAUCGCUUCGAGUAUGAACAUUGAUUGGCCGUCGUUCGCCCUCUUCGUGCCAGACAACACCUACAGCUUUCGCCUGGACAUGGCUGCUGGCGAUGCCGUCUUCUACUACAAGUGUGCCGCCGUCAUUUUCGCCACCGUCGUCGGCUCCAUCUUCCUCGUUGUCCCUAGUCAAGUGGUCUUGAUGCGAAUUCAGGCAUCUCUCCUUCCUGUGGAGGACAGCACCAUUGUUCCCUUUGACCGUUCCUUCGGGGGCCGGAUCCAACCGGAUUCUGAGAAUGGCCGGGAUUAUGCCACGAUCUCGGAUGCGUGGCAUAGCUUCUCUCGGGCUCACUGGCGGGGAUUGAUAACUCUUUCCUUCAAGAUCAUCAUCCUUUCUCUGUCAUUGAUCUUGUUGAUGUGUGUGGUCGUCGGCUUGCAAUGGGCUAUGAUUGUGACACAGGAUAUGGAGCCAAAUGAGUAUCUCUAG